AUGUGCUGGGCUGAGAAGCUUGGACAUCGACGAAGUAGUACAACAAUUGUAUACGAUGGACCCGAGUCUCUGGCUCAAGGUCUGCAAAGCACUGGACACCAUGAGGCUCAGCGCAAGCUCGAGCACGAUCCAGCCCUUCCACUUUGCUUGUUUCUCAUCACCGUCUCGAGCUCAAAGCUCCUCUCUGACAAGUGA